AUUGUUAAGUCGUUAGAACACACUUUUAAUAAGAUCAUGAGUAUGCAUUGAAUUUCUAUAAACCGUUUGUUGUAGCGACUGGAGUUCGUUAACCAUUACACUACUUAUAUUAUUAAAAAGACACGCACUGCAUUAUAAAUAUGGUAUAAUCUUAAGUAUUUACACUGACUUAUUGACGAGUUGAUACACAACUGCAGUCCAUCAUAGAUGUGUCCUCGAGUGUUCGUAUAAGGAACAGGCGAAUUGGUACCAGAUUUGGUGGUAUGGCUUCAAAGAAUUCAGAAACCCCUGAAAAUACAAAACCUGACCUGCUUGCUCAGUUGAAAGGUUUCGAUAAGAAAAAGCUGCAUCAAACAGAAACCUUUGUGAAAACAGAGGAUGGGCGAGUGUUAAAAGAGACGCGUGAUAAAGGUGGUCAGUAUUCCGCCACUGUGACUGACAAAGGUCAGCUCGGCUUUGUUCCAGAGAAGCAUGGUGACCUUCAGGUGGGGGAAAUACGGUCUAAUCUACUCAUAGGCUCACAAGAUGUGGCAGCGGACAUUGACAUUCUAAAAUCAAUCAAAGUGACGCACGUACUCAACCUCGCCUCUGCAGUUCCUAACUUCUUCCCGGAGACAAUCACCUAUCUAAAAUUGGAAGUUCUGGACCUUAUUGAUGAACCCGUUCUGAACUUGUUUGACAAUGUUUUCAAGUUUAUUGACGAAGGCAGGGAUAAGGGCUGUGUAUUGAUACAUUGCAACGCAGGCGUUUCGAGGGCGUCAACGUUUGUCAUAGCUUACUUGAUGAGGACUGAAAACAUGACUCUGUAUCAGGCCUUUAAAUAUGUUAAGAGUAAGCGAGAAAAAAUCCAACCUAACGCCGGUUUUCUUGAGCAAUUGAGAAAAUAUAAUGAAUUUCUUGGAUAUGGAAAAUCUGAGAUGUAGGAAAUGAAAGUAGUUUUAAAAAAUAUAAUUUGGGAAAGAUGCGUGCGUUUAAGUAGUUUCACGUUUACUCACAUAUAUGUAAUGUUCUAGUCUUUUGGCUUUUCAUACGAACCGUAUUUGGAUAAUAAAUUUGAACUGAA